CACUCCCAGCAGCCUUUGCAGUUGCUCGCGCUUAUCCGAUUGGUGGAAUUUGAAAAUAAGUACGCGCGAAGUUAAAGGCAAUAUAAUACACACUAUCCUUUGACAAUUAUAGCAAUAUGAUGGAGUCAGGGCUAAAGGAUGAGAAGGCAAGACCUGAGACGAUAGCUGUGGAAGAUUUAAGGAGAAAUCUGUCCUCGGAGUUCAGCGAGUGUUCAGAUUUCCAGGACCCAUCUGACCUGGAGAAGGAACACUUGAAGGUGUAUCUUAGGAUAAGACCAUUUUCAACAGCUGAGAUUGAGAAUGGAGAAUCACAGGACUGUGUGGCUACUCAGCCUCCAGAGACUGUGCUCCUCAAAGCUCCACAAUCAUCUCUUUCUGCCAGGCUCAGCGAUAAGUCAAUGCCAGUUACAGCUCAACGUUUCCAGUUCUCUCAGGUUUAUGGUCCAGACACUACACAGGAGGAGAUGUUUGAUGGCACAGUGAAGGGUCUUGUGAGGGAUGUGUUAGAGGGACAAAAUUCUCUGGUUUUUACAUACGGUGUUACUAAUGCUGGGAAGACCUUCACUUUUUUAGGUCCAGAUACUGAUCCAGGCAUCUUGCCUCGUUCCCUCAACAUGAUCUUCAGUAGUCUGGAUGGUCGCAUCUUCAACCAGAUGUGCCUAAAACCCCAGAGGUGCCGGGAUUUCAUCAGGCUCACCAAAGAGCAGCAAAACGAGGAAGCAGCUGGCAAACGCAACCUGCUCAAGCUUUUUAAAGAGACUGAUGCACAGAAGAGUACGUCUUGCCAUAGCUUGAAGUCCGAUCUUGAAGAUGGUUCCACUUUAUGUGAUAUAAGCUCUGCAGUGAAUGAGAGGAGUUUGGUUGUGGAUAUGGACAUACACGCCAAGUUUUCAAUUUGGGUCUCAUUCUGCGAGAUCUACAAUGAGAACAUCCACGACUUGCUAGAACAGCAUUCAAACAAUGCUUCACGGAGAACCAACCUCCGUCUUUGUCAGGAUGUCAAAGGGAACUCAUUUAUCAAAGAUCUGAGAUGGGUGCAGGUGAGCAGUGUUGAUGAAGCCUUGAAAGUGAUGAAACUGGGCAAAAAGAACCAGAGCAUCUCUAGCACUAAACUCAACAUUCUCUCCAGCAGGAGCCACAGUAUUUUCUCUGUCCGGAUCCUGAAGGUGGAAGAUGUGGGAAUACCCAGAGUGGAGUCAGUCAGCGAGCUGGCGCUGUGUGAUCUGGCCGGAUCUGAGCGAUGUGCUAAAACACAAAAUAAAGGGGAACGGCUGAAAGAGGCAGGAAACAUCAACACCUCUCUACUUAGCCUGGGAAAAUGCAUCAGUGCGCUCAGAAAUAACCAGCAGGCCAGACAGCACGUUCCAUUCAGAGAGAGUAAACUCACUCACUAUCUGCAGGGAUACUUUACCGGCCGGGGCAAAGCCUGUAUGAUUGUAAACAUUAACCAGUGCGCCUCCAUGCAUGAUGAGACAGUCAACGUCCUCAAGUUUUCUGCCGUAGCUCAAAAGGUGGUGGUUCUCACCACUAAGAGCGUUCCAGUGGUGGUGAAAAGGAGUGCCAGAGAGGUAUCCUUCAUUAUCAACAACGCUGAUCGCCGGCAAAUGCGGCGCAGCUCACUGGUACGGUGGGACCCCAGCCUUGAGGAUGUCCAAGAAGAUUCUGACACUGAGGAGGAUGAAGAGGAAAGUGAAAUGGAGGACACCAUUCUGGAUGCUGAGGAAGAGAAGAAAGAGACUGUGCUGCUUGAUAAGGAGGUAUAUGAGGCCCAACUGCAGUUUAUAGAGGAGAUUCAGCAGCAGCUGAGUAAGGAGAAAGCUGAACACUUAGCUCUCGAGGCACGUGUUCGAGAUGAAGUUACAAAAGAAUACUCUGAGCUGAUUUCCCAGAUGCAGGAAGAUUACAGGUCAGAGAUCACAGGCCCCUGUGAAGAGAACCAUGUCUCUCUAGACAGCAUGCUUGACUCUAUGACCAGUGACCUGGCUGGAAUCAGACAGGAUGCCCAGGCUGCCCAGUCCUGCUUGGUGACCUCCAACUCUAGAGUCUCUGUGACACUGCUAGACCUUAAAAAAAAGGUCAUCGCACUUUCAGAACUGCUCAGUGAAACUCGGAAUCAGCUGUCACUCAAAACACAGGAGCUGGAAACCCAGAGCAGACUGUCAGAUGAACUGGAGGAGUUGAUGAAGACUCUGGAGAGCCACAGGCAAAGGGAAUGGGAUCUAAGUGAAAUGUGUAGGAAAAAGGAUGAGAUUGUUGCCAAACUCCAGACAGCUCUUGACCAACAUGUAGAAAACACCGCUCAGGAUAGAGCUCAAAUUGAUUCCAUCAAAAAGCAGAUCAUCCAGCUUAAACACAAUUGUACCUGCUCAGAGCAGCGGCCUGACACCCAGAGUGAAACCAGAAAGCGGCGGCAGGAAUGGGAGGGGCUUGAUGGACAACCCCCACUCAAGAAAGGUACAGACUCCGCAAGAGCCCCAGGAGCUGAAAAGUGCCUUCCCACUUUUGUCACAACCAGAGGGGCUGGCCGAGAGAAUCGGGUUAAAGGCCGACGAUACCUUCAUUCUCGAAAAUGGCUCUCGAACAUAAAGAAAAGAGCUCAAAUUGAUUCCAUCAAAAAGCAGAUCAUCCAGCUUAAACACAAUUGUACCUGCUCAGAGCAGCGGCCUGACACCCAGAGUGAAACCAGAAAGCGGCGGCAGGAAUGGGAGGGGCUUGAUGGACAACCCCCACGCAAGAAAGACACACUCUUCUCCAGGCAACAUAAACACUUGCGGACACUUGUUUUGGGAGCAAUAACAAUAAUUAUAGAAUACACAAGGAAAGGAGGCAGAAGCAGUGUGGUGAAAAAGAAAGCAUUCUCUGAACCCAGUUCUCAGGAUGGGGUGGAAAGUGACAACAUCAGGAAUAUAAGGAGUAUAAUGACUCCUCGCCUACCGCCUCAUCAGGAAGAGAUCAUUGGCCGGAAUCCAGAGAAGAAAGAGAGUGAAAACCUUAUCAAGAAACGUCUUCGUCCUAUGACCGCGAAAUAAGCUGGAAGGAAAUGUAUUUUUAUUUAAAUGUUUUUUUUUUUUUUUGUAUUUUA